AUGACAAGCAUACCAUCGAGUUUUGAUAUGGGUCCAAAGGAUGCAGACGAUUUAGACGAAAUGUCUUUUGGUCAAAGAGUUGUUUUCCAUUGUAAACAACAACCGUUAGUUCCAAUUGGAUGUUUAUUGACUACUGGUGCGGUAGUUAUGGCUGCCCAUAGCAUUAGAACUGGUAAUAGUAGGAAAGCUCAGAAUUUCUUCCGUUGGCGUAUUGCUUUCCAAGGUGCUACGUUAGUUGCACUUGUGGCAGGUUCGUUCUUAUAUGAUAACCAUAGAAAGGAUGUAAAAUCCAAGGAAGAAUUGAUGAGAGAAAAGGCUAAGAUGAGAGAAAAGUUAUGGAUCCAAGAAUUAGAGAGAAGAGAUGAAGAAGCUAAGUCUAGAAGAAAGAGAGCCGAAUUGGCUAGACAAAAGACUAAAGAAAACGGAGAGAUUAUUAAGAAAUUAGAAGAGGAACUAAAGGAACUGGAGUCCAAAGUUACCCCAAAAUCUAAAUAA